CUGAAGCGUUAGUUUCAGUUGGGAAACAAACCACGAUGAACGCCAUUUGAAAAGCGUUGGUGACUAAGUGUUGUUAGGUCUUGAAAAAAAAGUUGUUGAUGAUAUAAAGUAAUUUUGACAAAAUGGCGCGUAAUGGAAUCGCUUUGGGGUUCUUCUUUACCUUUCUUUGGUGUCAAGUGAACUGCUCAGAGAAUUUAAACGCCGAAUUUACCAGGCAGAAAAUCCUGAGCGAUAUCCUGGGAAUAGCAGACCCGACCUCUACUGGAAACAAGACCAAAUAUGACUCCAGCAUCGCGCCCGACUUUGAAUUAAACUCACAUACAUUGGUGCAGAUCAAGAUUCUCAUACAGAAUAUUUACUCGGUCACAGAAACAUCCAUGGACUAUUCGCUCGACAUAUUCCUCCGCCAGAAGUGGACGGAUCCUCGACUACAGUAUGGCCACCUGUACCAGAAAGAGCACCUUGAACUAGACAGCAAAAUGAUGGACAAAGUCUGGGUACCGGACACGUUCUUUCCGAACGAAAAGAAGGCGAGCGUUCAUACGGUCACCGUACCCAACAAGAUGAUGCAUGUCUAUAAAAACGGCACCGUGUUAUAUAGCAUAAGGUUGUCGCUGACACUAAGUUGCUCUAUGCAGCUACAUAAGUAUCCCAUGGACGUCCAAAGAUGUCCGAUCAUUCUAUCCAGCUACGCUUACACGACGGAAAACGUCAUGUAUGAGUGGGAAGGAGCGAAUCCGCUGAAGCUAAACUAUGUAGAGAUGCCGCAGUUUGACGCCUCCAUCGACGCUGAACUGUUGAAGGACUGUAAGAACUACGGAGAAAGCACGAGGCCUGUUGACUACGACUUCGCCUGCAUCAAGGGCUUCAUCAACUUACGCCGGAAGGUCGGCUACUACAUCGUGCAGGUGUUCGUUCCCAGCAUUCUCAUCGUGGUGCUCUCCUGGGUCUCCUUCUGGGUGGACCAUGACGCAGUUCCUGCGCGCAUUUCCCUCGGCGUCCUCACAGUCCUAACUAUGACAACGCAGAGCUCCGGCGCGCGCCAGUCGCUGCCACAGGUCUCCUAUGUCAAGGCUAUAGAUGUAUGGAUGUCGACGUGUUUGAUGUUUGUGUUUGCGGCGCUUAUCGAAUAUUCGUACGUUAACGUCGUGGCACGGCGACGUCACAAAUCAGGCCCGGAGAAGCCGAUUGAACUUCAACCGUUAACUGGAGACUCGAAAUGCUCCACGAACGGUAGCGGACAAUGCACCAAGAUUCCAGCGAACGAUCCUAAGAACGCGAGCAACAUCGCUGCCCGUCGCAUUGAUAAACUUUCCAGGUGGAUAUUUCCGGUGGCGUUCUUGAUUUUCAACGUCAUUUUCUGGACGUACUACAUGCUAUCUAACUGAUAUAUUGGGUUUCCAUGAGUGCGUGGGGUACCCAAAUUUACCAGUUGCUAUUUUCUAAUCAGGACUUGUAUUGCAAAAGAAAUAUCGUUAAAUACUAGUAUUGAUUGAAAAAUACUGGUAUUGACGUAUGCUUGUGUGUUGGACUCAAAUUUACCAGUUGCAAAUUCCCAAAUCAGGACUUUUAAUGCACAAAUAUCGUUAAAUACCAGUAUUUGAUUGGUAAAUACUGGUAAUAACGUACGGUUGCACGAUCCAGUAGAUGAGCCUCGCUCUGAGAAUAUGGAACUGAAUUCAUGCGCGUUAACCCUUUGCAUGCUGGGAAAUUUGUCAUCUGCUAAAAUGUCGUCUGCUAAAUUUCUAAAAUUAGCAUUUUCUUCAUUUUUUUCAAAGAAUACUAUCAGAAUAGCAAACAGUUUGGAUCCUGAUGAGACGCCACGUUCUGUGGCGUCUCAUCUGGAUCCAAACUGUUUGCAAAGGCCUUUAAAAUUCGGUUCCAGCGCUUAA